AGCCAGCAACAAAAAAGCGAAGCAGAAGAGAAAGAAGAAGCAAAAUAGGAGUUGUGCACAGUUUAUUAACAGUUAAUCGUUAACUUUUUCAAAUAGUGCCAUAUUCCUACACACAUACAUACACAAUGAAGCCAUCGGAUUUGCUGCUGGUGUUGGAAAAGGUCAAGUUCAAGGUGCCAUUGCCGCCGGGCGUCAGCUCCACGACGCUGCUGCCGAAGCUCAUACGCACCAAGGAUGUGAAGCAGCUGCAGGACGGCAAUGCACAGCCCACAAAGCCAAAGCUAACGAAAUGCCUGAAUACGCUGGAUUUGACAUCGCUGGGCAUUGGAUCCUGCUGCGGCACCGGAAUGUACCUCGUUGCUGGCCUGGUGGCACAAAAGAUGGCUGGACCGGGUGUGGUUAUUAGUUUUAUUAUAGCCGCAAUUGCGAGUAUUUUUUCAGGCGCGUGCUAUGCGGAAUUUGGCGUUCGUGUGCCACACACAUCCGGCUCUGCCUAUAUGUAUUCAUAUGUGGCAGUUGGAGAAUUUGUAGCUUUUAUAAUUGGUUGGAACAUGAUAUUGGAAUAUCUAAUAGGAACAAGUGCCUGUGCCUGUGCGUUAAGUUCAAGUUUUGAUUCACUGACGGGCAAUGCUAUUGCGACCGCGAUGAGCGAGUCCAUUGGCACCAUAUUCGGCAAACCACCUGACUUUAUAGCCUUUGGCAUAACGCUCAUCAUGACCUGCGUUUUGGCGAUGGGCGCCAGCAAAUCAGUUAUUUUUAAUCACACCCUUAAUGCCAUCAAUCUGGCCACGUGGGUGUUUGUGAUGGCCGCCGGCGCCUUCUACGUCGAUACAAAGACGUGGUCGGAGCAUCAGGGCUUUCUACCCUAUGGCUGGAGUGGCGUCUUCUCUGGUGCUGCCACCUGUUUCUAUGCAUUUAUCGGUUUCGAUAUUAUCGCAACCACCGGCGAAGAGGCGCAUAAUCCGCAGAAGAGUAUACCCAAGGCCAUCGUUGGAUCCCUCAUCGUUGUCCUUAUUGCGUACGUCAGCGUUAGUCUAGUCCUUACUUUAGUCGUGCCAUAUGAUCACAUCAAUGUGGGCGCCGCACUGGUGCAGAUGUGGUCCUAUGUGAAUGCGCCCAAGUGUCGCGCUGUGGUUGCCAUUGGAGCCACAGCUGGUCUAUCCGUGGCAAUGUUCGGCUCCAUGUUUCCCAUGCCGCGUGUCAUCUAUGCGAUGGCGCAGGAUGGCUUGAUAUUCAGGCAACUGUCGCAUCUGUGGCAGCGCACAAACGUGCCGGGCUUGGCGACUUUGGGCAGCGGUCUGGCCGCUGCUCUGGUGGCAUUGACUGUGCGCCUGGACAUACUCGUCGAGAUGAUGUCGAUUGGCACCCUGCUCGCCUACACUCUGGUGUCAACGUGUGUGCUGGUGCUGCGCUAUCAGCCACAUAGCACAUCGCUGGUGGAGCUGCUGCCGGCACAGUUGCGCACACCCGUCGCUCCUGGUACCGCCACUACGGAUCCCCAUGCUCGCCCUUCGGAGGUGCUGGAGCCGAAUAAGCUGACCAUUAAGCGUGUAACGCGCGGCAUGUCCGACUCAGACGAUUCGUUCAUCGAUGACAGUCCCGAAGGCUACUUGGGCGGCAGGGACGAUCAGUUUCUUGUAUCGGAUCGCUCCGAGAACAAGUUCUAUGGCAGCGUUCAUGGUGCACCCACCGGACCCACUGGCCAGGCGACAGCCUUCGACACGAUUGGGCUGAACUUUGUCACGCGCAAGAUUCACGACUACGCAUACCUCUGUCCCGGCUUUUUUCCCUGGAUUAAUCCCGGACAGGCGACCGCCGAGAGUGGCAUGUAUGUCACAAAACUAGUUGGAAUCAUGUUCGGUCUCAUAUUCUUCUUGGAUUUGUUCGCGGCCAUCGGUUGGUCCGGCGGCUUCGCCAUCUUCAUUUACAUCAUUUUAUUUAUCGGCAUAUUUGUGAUAUUAUUGAUUAUAUCGAGACAACCACAGAAUAGAUAUGCACUAGCGUUUUUAACGCCUGGACUUCCAUUUAUUCCGGCUAUCGCAAUAACUGUUAAUAUUUAUUUAAUAUUUAAGCUAAGCAUACUGACCCUCAUUAGGUUCACCGUCUGGAUGUCCCUCGGCUUCAUCAUGUACUUCUACUAUGGCAUUACGCACAGCAGCCUCGAGCAAACCACCGAUGAGCUCGAGCUGCAUGUGGACAAGGACUAUAGCAAAAGUGUGGAUGAUAAGGCCGUUUGGGAUCAGCAAUCGUACAACCAGGCGCACGAGCCCGUUUGGGCCAGCAAGGAGACUAAACAGUCCACAAAGCAACGCUAUAGCUAUGGAAAGAGCUCAACUGCUGGCGCUCAGAGCGGCUCAAGGAAUGCUAACAAGUCCGGCAAGGAUGCGGCUGCAGCUGCAUCAACGAGAGCAGCACCCGCUGUUCCUGAAGCAUCUGGUGCACCUGGUGCAGCUGGUGCAACUGGUGCACCUGGAAGCAAUGCUCAGCGCAGCGCGACGGGAAGCGGACGCACUCUGGAGCAUCAGUAUACCGGGCAGUUUAGCAUGUUCGUGGAUGAGGGACAGUUCCCCUCGUGGGAGGAUUAAGCCGAUCAGUGUUAAAGGUUCCCACUCUUUCUGAAAUUUCCAAAAAGUCAUAAUCCAUUCCCAUCGCACCUCGUUGGACCACUGCAAGCUGCACCACCCCGCCGCCACUCUGUGAUCGUUAGUUGCCCAAGCAGUUGCCAAGCACGUCCACUGAGGAGCAAGCAAUACAUUACUAUUCAUACAUACAUCAUCAUGUAUGUCAUACAGUGGUCGCUCGCCAAUCAAACCGCAUAUGUUUAAUUCCCAUUCGCAAGUAAUUCUUAUUUCUUCAAGUCCUAUUUUCAAUUACACGAAAGAAAUACAUUCAAUAUAUAUGUCAAAUCGAAUAAGGAAUCUAUUCUAAAGAGAAAAAAAAAACAAGAUGAACAGCAAAGGUUUUACAAAUACCACUCGAAAACUCAUAUUUUUUGGAGUUCCAAUUAUCAAGCGACCACUGUACAAACCCUUCUACCUAAAGACCUUACGACCUUACGACCUACCAUAUGAAUUAACCUAACUAUGCGUAUAGAGCUGGCAACCAAUACCUGUAAAUAAGAUUAGACUUAUUAAGUUUAACGAUAUUAUAAAUAUACAUAUACAUACCUUUACAAACAUAA